AUGAAAGCUAUUCCACCACAAGAAUUCAAGUCAAAAUGUAGAUUUGAAGAAGAAAAAUUGAAUGGUAUCACAGAUUUAACAGUAAUGAUAAAACAUGCGCUUGAUUUGGCUGAUAAUUUAUGUUAUGUUACAACUCUCAAAGACUACGAGCUAAACCAUUCAUCAUUCCUUCCGUACCUUCAAGUUUUGCAUAAGGUUCUUGAUAGUCCAACGUAUACACAAGAAAUUCUGAAAAAAGCUUACUUAUAUUCAAUGUCAUUUCGUCAUAUUUUACCAAGACUUUACAUAUCUAUGGUCAUAGCUUCAUUACUUGAAGAUACAACUUACCUAUCAAAUGUUUGUUCCAUGUUAAUUUCAGAAUGUCAGCCAUUACAAGGAUUGAUGCUUCGUUUUACAGCAAUUUCGUUUUUUCCAUUAAAUUCACCUUUACUUGCCCAGUUUUGCGUUACAAAUUUUAAUGAAAUGUUAUAUUUGACAAAAGGAUUCCUAGAAACAUAUCCAAAUGAAAUAAAAACAGCAGCAGGCUGGAUAUCAUCAAACAUAUCAAUGUCGCUUGCAAAAGUACACGAUUCUUUCUUAAUAAAUCAUUAUAUCGAAACUGCCAUCAGUUGUGAUAUAAAAGAAAUAGGGGAAUCAUCACUUGAAGCCAUAUCAUACUCAAUACCACGUGAGGCAUUCGAACAAUUCAUUCCAAACUUGAAAUUAUUUUAUACUUCUCAUCCUAUCACAGAAAACACGACAAAAAUUAUUGCUUACAUCAUAGAAACCGUUCCAACCGCCAAACUCGCUUAUGAAUUUUCAAAAGGAACUACAUACGAAAAUUUAUGCAAUAUUGAAAUUGCUAAGCGUUGUUUCAACGAGAAAGAUUAUGAAACAUUGAAGAAUAUUGCUGAUAAAGAAGAAGUAGCCAUGAUUAUCAUCAUUGAAGCCGGUUCUGAAAAAUUUAUCGAAAUUGGAAAACCUUUUGCAAGAGGAAGCGUUCUUACUAUUGAAUUCCUAAGAAGAAUCACUCCUAACAUCAAAGUAGAGACAGUUCGAAGGUUUUUAGAAGCAGAAAUCGAAGAUAUGAAAAUAGAAAUUUACGAAACGCUCAAAGCAACGAUAAUGAAAGGUGAUUUCCCUGCAGAUUAUUUUGCAAAGCUAUUUGCACCACCAUUCAAGUUCCAAUCGACUGAUUUUUUGAUGUAUGUUGUAUCUCAUGGCUACAGGAUGGGAGUUAGCAGAGAAACGCUGAUAGGAUAUAUCAGAGUCUCUAAGAUGCUUCCUCCUUCAGUACGAGCAGCUGCAAUGGGUUUAGUUAUGCACAUUGACGAAUUAAUCUUUUAUAUCCUUGGAUUGAGCGACCAACUCUCGAGGAUGUUCCUCAUAAAUAAAAUUGACAAAGCGUUUCCUAAGGAAUAUAUCCCUAAAAUCCUUGAAAAAUGUGAAACAUCAAAAGAAAUUCAGGCUUUAUUCAACGCAGUUGUUGUUUUUGAAGAUAAUUCAUUAGCAGGACAAGUUCUAGAUAAGCUGCUUGAGAAGGAUAGUGAUAUUGAAACAAAUGAAGGUUUAAUUAAUUUUUAUUUUGUAAAUAUCAUUAAUACUAUAUACGGCGCGAGCGAGGAAAGGCUUCCUGUAAGCCAAACAACGAUAGAGGCCAUAUUCCAACACGUCCUAAACGCUGUAAAAACUGCAAUUGAGUUUCCUUUCCCAUUAACAACGCCAAAGAAGAUGAAACACUGGAAGAAGAUUGUUUCAUAUGGCCCGAAGAUAGAUAAUCUUUAUUUUAUUCAUCCAAAAAUCACAGAAAUUAUUGAAUUAAUUGAAAAAUUAACUUCACUAUAA